GAUGUGACGGCAGCCCAUUCUUGCGUGGCGAUUGUUGAUCGAGAUAUUGUUCUCGGAUGACAAAAGAAGCCGAAAUGUUUGUGGAGGUUCUCGUGUUGUUAGACUGUGGACAGACGCAGAGAAAAGAAGAAUGAUUGGCGUUUUGGCUACACGCCAUUGUGCAAAAGGAAAAUUGAAAACACAUCACGUGACCGGUCAUCGAAGCCGCCAAUAGAAUGGCGCCCAUUCAUCAACGGAUGGACAGGUAUCAUGAUCUGCCUCCUCCACCGCCGAUCCCACUCAAAUUGAAGCCGAAAACUCUCAAGAAAUUGUCGCAACAAGCAGCCAGAGGACAGCCGCUCUAUUUGAUUGUCGGUCCUCAUUCAGCGGCCGCUGCAGGUCCACGACCGAUGGCCAAUGCCAUGCAUCCGCCACCAUUGCCUCAACAUCCACCGCAUCCUAAUCACCCGUCACGCAAUUUUGCCGUCGUUCAUCCUCGUGUGGAACGUCAGCAGAGAAUGGCUGGAAUGAUGGCCGGACCAGCCAACAGCGUCGGAACGGCCACGUCGGGCAGCGAUUCCAUGAAAAGUAUGAGCUUUUCUUCUGCGCAAGGUUUGAUGGACAGUCAAAACCGAUUUCGUGGGGACAAUUUCAACACGCGUUUGCGCGCUCAUCAGCAGUUAUUUCCGUGGAAUCCGCACAAUCAAAAGAACAGCCACAGCAGCAAGAGCUCGUCGAAUUGGGUGAGACAUUUGACGAGCGACGACGAUGUGGAAGAAGAAGAAGAGGAAGAAGAAGAGGAACCAAGAGGAGCAGGAGGCCAUCGGCCUAUCAAUAAUAGCAAAGCGGACACGGUCUCGUGUAUGGAAGCUGUGACAACAAGGGCCAGCAGCGGCCCUCGACCUGAAUACCAACUUGGGCCAUCCGACCGCAACGCUCGCCUCGUCGGAGAGAUUCAACUGAGUUCACGGGUGGCCUCUAUGACCAUAGCCGAUGUCAGCCCUCGCUUUGCCUUCAAGAAAAUUCUGAUGCUGUCCGAGAACAAACAAUACCGCGAAUCGGCCAAUUUCAUCAACCGGCUGAGCGGCAACACGUUCGGCGUCAUCGUCCACGACCUGCCCGUCGACUUGUUUAUCGAAUCGAUGCCUCAAUCGCUGCCCAUCAUCGAAUCUUUGUACGCCAAAGUCUUCCUGUCGGACGGCAUGACGAGGAAUUCAAUCCAAUUCCUCCGUCCGGAGAGUGUCGUCAUGCAGAUGGUCAAAUAUUUUGCCCAUCAGGAAGAUCACCCGCCCACGCCGAGCGGGGGGUCGGCUUCCGGUUGGCCGCCGAACGUCUGGCGUUGGGACUAUUGUGGACCGUUCAUCUCCAGCUGCAAGAAACUGCUGCGCGUCAUCGUCCUCACCGAGCCUAAAAUUCGCAAAAGUCUAUUUCAAAAACGAAGAGCCCUGGGCAAAGCCAUCGAAGGUCUGGGUCAACACGGACUGGUUGGCACUUCUGAUGAGAAUCUGAUGAAUUUACACGACGCCUUACAGGACGAGUUCAACCGAGUUGUCCAGUCCUACAAGAGCGCACUGGAUAAAAUGGUGGAACUGGAAUUGGCCCAAAAGAAGGGAGCAAACCGGACAGUAUCAAACGGUCCGGCUCCUAUCGCUGCGUCGCAUCAGCGUCUUUUGUCGUUGAAACAAUCGGAAAUCCAGGAACGACUCAUUAAAAACAAGACGCUCUUGAAUGUCGUCGAACCGACUCUAACGAACCAUUCGCUGGAUCUCUUCCUGGGCAUUUUGCAGCGUCGCAUCGAACUCGACAAGGAAGCACUGUUCCAGUUUAGCCAGUUGAAACGUGACCAGCCAGCCAAACCGGGAGAGGCCGUUCAGAAUAUCGUUGUCGCGCCCAUAUUGAUGAAAUAUUCGCACGGAUGCCAACAGGUCCUGGAACUGAUGAGAGAAGUGAGUUCGGAUCAAAACCCACAAGAGGAGGAAUUGGAAGAUUCCAGCGACGUUUCGGGCUACCAUUCCGACUCGGAUUCGGCGGUGAUGGCGUCGGGUAAUUCGCCUUUCUUCUCAAAGAGCGCCCGCUACAAUUUCCUCUCCCGAUCAGUUCGCCUGGGAAGCCGUGCGAGCAUCCGGACGUCGUUGCUCGUCAACUCGCUGGGACUGGAAGCGGGCGAGAUCAAAGGGCAAACCGGUCAGGGCCAAGGCCAAUCGACGAGAAACGGCCGAAGAAUGUUGUUGGCUAAGGCCAAAAAUGCUUCAUUGUCAUCGUCGACAGGCUCUAAUUCGCCCAGCAGCGAACGUGAGAGUGACUACCGUUCAAGUGGCAUCUCAUCUGGAACCGGAUCGCCCGACUCCCGACAGGCUCUCGCCAAUGACUCCGGCCGUCUAGCCAACACUCCUCCGUGUCAGCGAUGCCAAGUUCAGAAUUUGAAUAAUACAAUUGUCGGCACACAUGGCGUUGAUCCAGGAUUACAAGCCGAAUUGGAAUCCAUUAAAGCUGAAAUGAAUAAAGCCAAUGCCACGAUAUGCGCAUUGCAAGAACGCGAGAAGAAAAUGAAAGCCAGCAGGAUGGCUCUUCAAGCUCAGAAGAUGGUGGAACGAGGUGUAGGACCUAGCAAAUUCGAAUCGAUUUCUUCCGAACAGCGAUCCGAUUUGAUUCACAGCUACGGCGGGCUGUACACUCAGUCGCGCGUCGAAACGCUCGAUUACUUGGACAAACUGGAAGAGCUUCGUGGUGCUGAUGAACUGAAAUCUAAGCUACUGUUCUCCGUCAUUGUGUUGGCCUUCCGCUCAUUGCAAGCGACGUCUACCCAAAUGAAGGAUCAUAUCAAGAGAAUCUUACAGAUUCCACCGGGCCCGAUGCAUCAGCCUGUGAAUAAUAACAACGCAGUAUAUCUACCACCGCCUCCUCCACCGCCGCCAUCAGCAUUGGCUGCUCCGUCCAACAGUAAGCGUCAAAUCACGCCGCCCGCCAAACCCGCUAAGCCGGCCAAACCUUUGCGUAAGGAACGUAAUCCUGGCUACGAGGUGGAACAAGCUGUGGCUUACUAUCUAAGAGAAUCAGUGGCGACAUUCGAUUUAACCAAAAACACAGAGGAUGUUUGCAAUCAAAUCUGGGCAACAUUGUACGACUACCCUUGCCUUCGCUCUUGCGAUCCGCUGGUCAAAUACAUCAAGGACUCGGUCCGUUUGGCUUGGGCUCUUGUCAAUCAGUCACCGCCAUAUGUGCUCGACUACGAGGCCAGAAGUUUCAAUGCCGACUAUCACAUCCGAUUCCAUACUUCCGACCCAAAUGAUAAUUCCAUCAAGACUUACUUGUGGCCAGCGCUGGUCGAAGGCCAUAAUGGACCUUGUCUUCAAAAAGCAGUCGUCAUCACUUAAGUGAUAGCAGGUGACAAGGCGGGCCCGCGCCAGAUCGACACAAACAUUUUGUAACUUAAAACGUGACGUUCAAUCUUCUUUUUAUCUACAAUUAACUAUCUAAUAGAUGACUGCGUCUUUUUUUUUUCUUUCUAAAUAUCUAUUAACCUUCGUUUGUUUGAUAAUGUAUAUCCAUUUACUAUUGCAUCACAGUACAUACGCCUUGGUUUUACUACGUAUGAACUUGAAAUGUCUAUUAAAGAUAUUCAGUUCAUCUAAAUUACAUUACACUUAAAUGUUAUUAGAACAUCAGGCAGUCUGUUUUAGCAGGAUUGACCCUAAAACGUUUUAGUUCCCUUUUUUUUCUGAAAACGUCAUUACUCCAUGAUUGUAUUUCAGUUCAAUUAUUCCUUCCUCUUCUAUUCAUUGCAUCCAUUGCAUUGUUUUAUUCUAGUAGCUGGUGCAUGUUUAAUUUUGGGUGUAAAUCCGAAAAAUAUUAAUCACAGCUAUAGCUGGGGCCAAAAUAUAGGCUCCUGCUCGGAAAGGAGAUGGUUCUCUCUUUUUUAUACAUAUACAAGCGUAUCAAACAAAACACAAAAAAUAAUUAUUAUAUAUAAUUAAUUUUAUAUAGCGCAUUUGUAUCAAACCAGUUUUUCGUCUCAGUUGUAUCUUGGCGCUAAUGAACGUAAUACAAUGGCUCCUGUACUUUCUCCAA